CGCGCACAGCAGCUCUGAACUCUGCCGCGCAACCCUAGAAGGCAGUAGCUCGACAAUUCUCUGUUCGUUUCCCUUUCACCGGCCGGCGGGAAUCCUCCGUCAUCCUUUCCGGGUACUGAAAAACCCUAGGGUCUCCUUACAGAAAAAGUUAGUUCCAGUAUAUUCGUCUCCCCUCAACUCGCAGCCUUCCAUAACCCUGAUUUCUGCGCCGGAGGCAUCAAUGGAUUCUCGGCUGGCAAAUACUUGGCGUCCGACGGUAAACGAAAAGAAAUUUAUCGAGACUGCUUUGGCUUCUAACUUGAGAAUCGAUGACUAUAACCGGAAACCCAUUGAGUAUCGGCAGCUAACCAUCAACUUUGGAAGGGAAGACGGGUCAUCUGAGGUGCAGCUAGGCCAUACUCGUGUAAUGUGUUUCGUGUCUAGCCAGCUCGUUCAACCUUACCGUGAGCGCCCGAAUGAAGGGACAAUGUCAAUUUUCACCGAGUUUUCACCAAUGGCCGAUCCAUCGUUCGAAUUAGGCAGCCCAGGAGAGGCUGCAAUAGAGUUGGGCCGCAUGAUUGAUCGUGGGUUAAGAAAUCUCAUUGAUGCUGCCAAUGUGGCUGCUCUAGCUGCACUGUUGACGUUUCGGAGACCAGAGUGCUCAUUAGGGGGAGAAAAUGGUCAAGAAGUAGUUGUACAUCCACCUGAGGUGAAGGAUCCACUUCCUUUGAUAGUUCACCAUUUGCCUAUAGCAGUAACUUUCGGAUUUUUCAGCACUGAGAACACCAUGGUGUUGGAUCCAACCCAUAGCGAGGAGGCUGUUAUGGCAGGACGUAUGACAGUAACAGUUAAUGCAAGCGGCGGUAUUUGUGCCAUUCAAAAAGCUGGAGGAGUGGGUGUGCCACAGCGUGAGAUUAUGCGUUGUUUACGACUUGCUUCCCAGAGGGCCGGCUUGAUUACGAAAACGAUAAAAGAUGCAGUUGAGGUGUUCAACAAGGAAAGGGCUUCGCGCAAGAUCAAGCGACAUUCUACUUCAGUUGCUGCCACUGUUAGUGUAGAAGAUGGUAUCACUUCUCUUAGGGAGGGCCCUCACAGACAAGGUGCUGAUCCAGAUUUCACAAGGGAAGACGGGUCAGCUGAUGUGCAGCUAGGCCAUACUCAUGUGAUGGGUUUCGUGUCUAGUCAACUUGUCCAACCUUACCGUGAGCGUCCAAAUGAAGGGACAAUGUCGAUUUUCACCGAGUUUUCACCAAUGGCCGAUCCUUCAUUCGAGUUAGGCCGUCCAGGAGAGUCUGCAAUAGAGUUGGGCCGCAUAAUUGAUCGUGGCUUAAGGGAAAGUAGGGCUGUGGAUAUGGAAUCACUUUGUGUUUUGGCUGGGAAGUUAGUUUGGGCCAUCAGGAUUGAUCUCCACAUCCUAGAUAAUGGAGGAAAUCUUGUUGACGCUGCCAAUGUGGCUGCUUUAGCUGCCCUGUUGACCUUUCGGAGACCAGAGUGCUCAUUAGGUGGAGAAAAUGGACAAGAAGUGGUUGUACAUCCACCUGAGGCGAAGGAUCCGCUUCCUUUGAUAGUUCACCAUUUGCCUAUAGCAGUGACCUUUGGAUUUUUCAGCACAGAGUACACCAUGGUGGUAGAUCCAACCCAUAGCGAGGAGGCUGUUAUGGGGGGCCGUAUGACAGUAACAGUUAAUGCAAGUGGCGAUAUUUGUGCCAUUCAAAAAGCUGGAGGAGUAGGUGUGCCACAGAGUGAGAUUAUGCGAUGUUUACGACUUGCUUCUGACAAAGCUGAAUCUAUUACCAAAAAAAUAAAAGACGCGGUUGAGGCGUUCAACACGGAGAGAAUGUUACGCAAGAUCAAGCGACAUUCUACUGCCUUAGCUGCCAAUGUUAGUAUAGAAAAUGAUGUCAAAGGGCAAAAAGACAAACUCGCUGGGCAGAGAGUAAAUGAGUCAUCAAUGGCCCAGAUGGAGAGAUUGAAGCUAAAACCUGACGAAAGCUCCAUAUCCCAAAAUGAUGGUUUAGGCAGCGAGACCAGAUCAUCGGAUCAAAUCAGUAGUCAGCGCGCCGAGGGAAAUGCUCCUCUUUUUCUUGGAGGGCCCUCAAGCUGGGACCCUCACACACAAGGUGUUGAUCCAGAUUUCCUAAAAGCUUCUCUUGCUGCACAAGGAAAAUCGAACCCCAAGGCGGAACAAAGUAGCGAAGACAGUGACGAUGAUGUAGCAAUGCAAGAAAAAGACGCCUCUGAAGACGUCAAACCUCUGAGCUUAGCAACAGAUUCAUCCGAAACAGUAGAAGAACAAAAAACCAGCAUAGUGAAGAAGACUCUCAAGGACGCAGUGAAGCCAAAGAACAGGAGAAGAAAGAAGACGCGCUCUUAACUUAAACGCCAGCUAAGAUUCAUUCUGACAAACACGUUGUUUUACUUUUAUCUGUAUCCCCCCCUUUUUUUCUGGAAUAGUUUUAGCUGUGUUUGCGGUGCUUGUUUUGAUACAAUUACGUGGAAUUAGGGCCAACGACGCCAUAAAACCAUGUUGUUGUUCUUCCAAAACUGGCGGAGAUAAACGGCGUCGUCCCUGGCGACCCAGUACGUGUUGUCCAUGUGAAUCCUCUCCCAGGGGUCCUUCUCCUCCUCGUUAUACGCAUCGAAAACGACCUCGACGUUGCCCUUCGCCACGUGGCACCAGAAGAGCGUGAUCCCGAAGAUGUUGGGCCUGAACCGCCACUGGUACUCGGACCCGGGCGGGACGACGUGGACCCCCAUGUCGUUGUUCUUGGACUUGCAGUGGACCGUCACGGCCCGCCCGCCGCUCAGCUCGUUCACGAUGUGGAUGUGCCUGUAGGCCCACCACGAGCCCUUCUUCGAGUCCGCCAGCCCGCCUGCAGGAGCGCCGGUGUCGGUCGGGGCGUCUUGUUUUUCCGGUGGCGACGUGGCCGGGACCACCGUGUCCUGUACGUCCUCCGGCAGAGCACCCGCGCUGCCGUCGGCUGAUGCAUGUGGAGCGAAGAUGGCCAGGCAGAUGAUCGCAACCGCCAUGGGAGAAGCUUUUGUGAUCCACAUUUUGAUGAUAUGGGCUGAUUAUCUCUCUAGUUACUCUUUUUUUUUUUUAUGUGUUUGAAUGUUUUACAUAUGUAGAAGUUGAAAUUGGUGAAGUAUUUAUAGUUGAGCUUGAAAUGCAUGUUUACUGAAAAUAGUAGAGUGAUUUCAGCUUCACCGCACAGGAU